AUGCCCUGGCCCUCCAGAGAGAUCAGACGUGGGGAAGACUGGGAGCUGGGCCUGCCUCCACUGCCAAGAGGCAAGGGGCAGGAGGGCGGGCCGGUAGAUGAGGGUCCGGCGCCGCCGCCCCCCGCCCAGCCCUGCAGCACCGGCCUGAAGUUGGGGCUAUUGCCGCCGGAGCUGCACGCCCGGCUGCUGGACCAGGAGGAUUACAGAAACCGCACGCAAGCUGUGGAGGAGCUGAAGAGGGUGGUCGGAGGUGCCAGCCAGGCUGCGGUGACCUCCACGCCGGCCCCCAGCCUCCUGGGGCUCAUCAGCUUCCUCUACACCCUGCUCGACGACUCCAACUUCAAGGUGGUGCUCGGGGCCUUGGAGGUAAUACAUCUGCUGGCCCUGCGCCUGGGCGACCAGGUCCAGGCUUUCCUGGCACCUCUGGUCUCCGCUGCUGCGAAAGUUCUGGGAGACAACAAGCUGGCCAUCCGGCAGGAGUACAACCGCCUCUUCCUGCGGCUGAUGAAGGCAGCGGGUCCUCAGCCGGUGCUGGACCUGCUGCUCCAGCAGGAGCAUCUGCAGCACAAGAACUCCAAAGUCCGCGAGGAAGUGGUCAACAUCUGCAUCGUGGCCCUCCUCACUUACCCUAGUGAGGAGCUGGACUUGGCCAAGCUGGCGUUUGGGCUGGCUCCAGCACUGGUGGACAGCAAGCGCAGGGUCCGGCAUGCUGCCAUGGAAGCGUUUGCUGUGCUCGCAUCUUCCAUGGGCUCGGGCAAAACCACCCUUCUCUUCAAGGCAGUGGAUGCCGUGGAACUUGGGGACAACGGGGACGGGGUGAUGCACGCGGUGCAGGCCAGGCUGGCCAGGAAGACCUUGCCGAAGCUCGUAGAUCAGGGGUUUAUAGAGUACGCUGUGCCCUUGCCCUCAUCUGGUCAUAACAGGGGGUCCUGUAUACCCCCUGGAGCAGAUACAGAGUGGUUGCUGAUGGGCAACAGGACUCAGAGCGCACACAGUUACUGUGGGUAUUAUGCAAGGGAUGAUGCUCUGCAGAACUCCAGCUCGCAUGAUGUGUGUGCUGAUCAAGGAGUAAGUCCAAGAAGAGUCUUGAGUGCGGGUAAAGGAAAAAACAAACUGCCUUGGGAAAAUGAGCAUGCUGGAGAGAGGGAAGGUGGUUCAGAAGUCAAGAUGCCUUUCACGAAGGGUGUGGAGCAGUUCUCUACAUCCAAUGAUUUUCUUCAUUCUUCAAAGUUAAGGCCCUCUCAAGGAGUACCGGUCAGCGACGAGUUAUUUUUUAGUAGAAAAAGAGCUUCAAGGAAUGUAUUUCAGAACAGUAUAGAUUUUAACUCUGAGCAUUCUUCUGUUUGUGCUGGUGCUAUGGGCUCUCAUCAGCCGCAAAUUUCAGGGAAAUGUGGAGCGCUUGGAUACACACAGACACGUGGGAAGAGUGGUAGUGUGGACUCUGAUUUACAAUUUUUAGGAUUAAAUAGCUGUCAGCAAGACAAAGUUUGUGCCAGCCUAAAUUUUUCCAGCAAGACCCAGAGAAGUUUUUGCCAUCAAGCAGAGCAUACCGGGUCCCUGCAGGGUCCUACUGCAAGGCAGGGGGCCUUCAUUCUGCCGUCCUACCCUCUGUCAUCGCCCAGGAACAGCCCAAAGCACGGCUCCCCUCCAGCGGACUCUCCAAAGAAGUCCCAAGAUAAUACCAUGAACUUCGCCAACUCCUGGCCUCUUAAAAGCUUUGAAGGGCUGCCUAAGCCUAGUUCACAGAAGCAGCUUCUCAGUCAAAAGUCAGGAGACGACACAGGUAGGAAUGUUGUUCGAUAUAAUGAAAACGGAUUUCAGAUGAGUGUUCAUCACUUGCUGAUUUUCUGUACAUUAUCUGUAGGCAUUUCAGGGGAGAAUUUGCAGGAGAAACAGUCUCCUCUGCAGCUGAAGCCCACCCUGGUGAGACACCCGGCCUCCCGCAGGGGCCUGAACGGGACCAGACCCGUCCCCCCCAUACCGCGCCUGGCGAGCCCGCUGCCCGAUAAGGUUGAAUUAAAUGUGACAAAGUGGAGAAACGAAGAGUGUGAGGACACAUGGCUGAGUGAAGCGGAUAGGACGCUUGCAGCUGAUCUCGCAGAGCUAAAUGUUGAUGAUGAGGAAGUGGACCAAGAAGAGAUGCAGAAUUCACUUAGAUCUCUACGAAACAGUGCCGCUAAGAAGAGGGCAAAGCUAAGCAGCAACAUUUCAGAUCUUGAAAGUCCCGAUUCUGCUCUUAAACUGGAUCUGUCCGUGGAUUCCCCCUCCCACACUUCCUCCCCGAGCGUGGGCUCCUGCAGCGAAAGCGGAGUUUACAGCCAGGAGUCUCUGACCUCGCCUGUGUCCACAGUCCCCCAGAGGAGGAGAAUAACGUCAGACACCUUUCCACCACUUGGCGGCAAAUCACAGCCUGCAAGAGUAUCUUCAGCAAGAAGCAGAGACCCAAAUGUGGCAGAACAUAACUCUAGCGCAGGUACCUGGCUAACCCCACAGCAAAACACUGCCUUUGAUUUCAUUUCACCAAGUGUCCUGUCUGAAGAUGCAGUUGUGAUUGUUGGUAAAGGUGUUUUUGGAAGUCCUCCUUCUGCUCGGGCAUACAGCCAGUCCGUAACUUGCGUGGCGAAUGGAGAUGACCAAGCUGGCAAGGAGGAGACUGAGCCGUCAUCCGGCAUUUGCGGGAGGAGCAUCCAGCAGAACAGUGCGUCUCAUUUCCACGCUGAAAAUGAAAAGGAGAUAAAAGCUGCCAUGUCAAAAUCUGCCCAGGACAAGAUGAGGCGGAAGAAAAGAGAAGAGAAAGAGCACAGUCAUAAGGAACAUCAGGAAGUCAAAGACCUCGAAGAAAAGGAAGAAUACCCUUGGGAAAGACUUAAACUGAACGAACCAGAGAAAAUGACAACAGAAAAUGAACUGUCUCUCGGGGCACGAGGGCGCUAUAAAGACCGGACCCCAUCAGUCACUCAUAGCCCAGAAGUAAUGGACCCGUCAGAACUGCAGCCCUUUUCAAAACCAGAGGUGGCGCUGACAGAAGCCUUGACAUUUUUAGCUGAUGAUGACUGGGAGAAGAAAAUUGAAGGUCUGAACUUUGUCAGAUGUUUGUCUGCCUACCAUGCGACUAUUCUGACUUCAAAGCUACAUGAAACAAGUUUGGCUGUGGCUCAAGAGGUCAAGAAUUUACGCUCAGGUGUUUCUCGAGCUGCUGUGGUCUGUUUAGGGGAUUUGUUCACCUACCUGAAAAAGAGCAUGGAUCAAGAACUAGAUAAUACAGUAAAAGUCCUUUUGCACAAAGCUGGUGAAUCCAACACAUUUAUAAGGGAAGAGGUAGACAAAGCACUGAAGGCUAUGGUUAAUAAUGUGACUCCAGCACGUGCACUUUGUUCUCUUAUAAAUGGAGGGCAAAGGUAUUAUGGUCGGAAGAUGCUCUUCAGUAUGAUGACUCAUCCUGAUUUUGAUAAAACACUUGAAAAGUAUGUGCCAGCCAAGGAUUUGCCUUACAUUAAGGAGUCUGUUAGCAAUCUACGUGAAAAGGGUCUGGGGGAGAUGCCAUUAGAUACACCCUCAGCAAAAGGAAGACGUUCCCAUACUGGUAGUGUUGGACAUUCAAGGUCAUCAUCUACUUCCAGAGAUGCUCUCAACGUUACUGACAGAGAGACUACAGAAGCCCGUGAAGUCACAAGAAAAACAGCUCCUCGUAAUUCACUAGAGAGUGAAGAAUAUGUUAAAGACAUUAUAGGAUUAUUGAAUGCAAAAGACUUCCGUGAUCGAAUAAAUGGCAUUAAGCAGCUGUUAUCAGAUACAGAGAACAAUCAAGGCUUUGUUGUUGCAAACAUUGUGAAGAUCUUUGAUGCUUUCAAGUCUCGCUUACAUGACUCAAACAGUAAAGUAAAUCAGGUUGCUCUGGAGACAAUGCACAAGAUGAUUCCGUUGCUGAAAGACAAUUUAUCACCUGUGAUCAACAUGUUAAUUCCUGCCAUGGUAGACAACAACCUGAACUCCAAAAAUCCAGGGAUUUACGCAGCUGCCACAAAUGUUAUUCAGGCUCUGUGUCAACACUUAGACAACUAUUUGCUCCUCCAGCCAUUCUGCACAAAAGCCCAGUUUCUGAAUGGAAAAGCAAAACAAGACAUGACAGAAAAGCUUGCUGAUCUCGUCACAGAGUUGUACCCACGGAAGCCUUAUGCUGUGGAGCAAAAAGUUCUAGUUGUCCUUUGGCACCUCCUGGGAAAUAUGACGAACAGCGGCUCUUUGCCUGGAGCCGGAGGGAAUAUCCGGACAGCCACAGCAAAAUUAUCGAAAGCACUUUUUGCACAGAUGGGUCAAAGUCUGUUAAGUCACGCUGCAUCUCAGCCGCCGCACAUCAAGAAGAGUUUAGAAGAAUUUCUGGAGAUAGCAACCUAA